CCGUGAUGCAACAAUACAGCAUGAUCUGUACCCGGUUAAUUAGAUUGACUACUUCCAAUUCACUGGCGUCGAACUUACUGGGCGCAGUGGCGAUCGUUCCUUGCCGAUGGAGCCGACAGCGCCAGAUGCCUCCGGAGUUCCACAAGCGAUACCUCCCUAAAAUUGAUUCCGAAAAGUUGGAUACAUAUCGUGAUCAGCACUUACCAUCAACCCGUUUAGUCCAGCUUACUCCAGCUUUGAUCAAACCCGAUCUGGAACUUUCCCGGCUGUACUCCGAGCUCGUGCCACACAAUUUGGACCCACGCUAUCGUGAUCGUUUACGCGAGCGUUUGGAACGUCGAGAAAUGAUGCUACGCCGCCGGACAUUCGCUAUUCCCGAGUUCUAUGUGGGUUCCAUUUUAGCCGUAUCGAUCGCGGACAAGUUUGCUCCAGACGGCAUUCACCGGUUUGUCGGUAUAUGCAUCGAGCGGCUAAACGAAGGGCUGUGGACCACAUUCACCGUGCGAAAUGUGAUAGAAAAAUCCGCUGUUGAAAUCAAGUAUGAACUCUAUAACCCCACGCUGCAGUCAUUGGAAGUGCUCCUACUAGAAAAGCGGUUAGAUCAGAACUUACUUUACCUUCGGGAUGCUCCCUUACAAGAAAGUCGGGUUCCGUUUGACAUGGCGCCAGUUCCACAUCCAUCAAACACCCCGGUCCCGGUCAAUCCGAAGAAAGUCAAACUACUCCCACCACCGUGGAAAUUUCAAUGGUUUUUACACGGUUACCGUGGGAUUGACCCGAGUGCACUGGACUAUCUGACACCUAAACAACUGGCUCAAGUGACCGACAAAUUGACUUUGGUAGAUCGCUACGAUUUAAUGAAAAUGUACCGGUCACGCCCAUGCUUAGAAGACAAACAAGAAGCACUGGGUGAUGCAUACCUUCACCAUCAAGAUCUCAUUCGCUAUCAUGAGCAGCGUCGACGCGAAUUGCUUGAACGUUACCAAUCGCAAAGGUUGGGUGACAAUAUUCUAACCCGCAGUACUGGUUGACUUUUGUGACGAAUCGGUCGACGCGUGUCACUUGUACAUAACUUGCUUGUCCUACUCAAUGGAAUACACACUUUCCUAGCUUUUCGA